AUGGAGAGUGCAUCCCGACAGGCCCCGAGGCUAUUACGGGCCACUCGUGGCUCCAGCCUGCCUCAUCAGCACCGCCUGCCGCGAUCCAGCACAGCCAGUGUAGCUGCCCUGAGCCGAACCCAACAAAGAGCUGUGUCGAGUUCUCCGCGGAGUCUCGCCCCCGAGUCGCUCUUCAGCAACUUCGCGGCCGCUGGAGCGACUGGCGGCCAGCAACCGGGCGGGCCUACCACGUACUUCACAAACCGAACCUCGCUCCCCGCCAACACCGUCAUCCGAUUUGUUCCUCAGCAGACGGCAUGGAUUGUCGAACGCAUGGGGAAAUUCCAUCGGAUUUUGGAGCCUGGUCUGGCGAUCCUGGUUCCGUUCCUUGACCGCAUCGCCUAUGUGAAGAGCUUGAAGGAGUCGGCCAUUGAGAUUCCCAGCCAAAAUGCAAUUACGGCGGACAAUGUGACGCUCGAGCUGGAUGGAGUGCUGUAUACGCGUGUCUUUGAUGCGUACAAAGCGAGCUACGGUGUCGAAGAUGCGGAAUACGCCAUCUCCCAGUUGGCGCAGACGACCAUGCGAUCCGAGAUCGGCCAGUUGACUCUCGACCACGUCUUGAAGGAGCGCGCAACCCUCAACACCAACAUCACACAGGCGAUCAACGAGGCUGCCCAGGACUGGGGUGUUGUCUGCCUGCGCUACGAGAUCCGGGAUAUCCACGCCCCGGACGGUGUGGUCGCGGCCAUGCAUCGUCAAGUGACCGCUGAGCGAUCGAAGCGCGCCGAGAUUCUGGACUCUGAGGGUCAGCGCCAGAGCGCAAUCAACAUUGCCGAGGGUCGCAAGCAGUCAGUGAUCCUGGCCUCGGAGGCCCUGCGUGCGGAGCAGAUCAACCGGGCCGCUGGUGAGGCUGAGGCGAUUCAGCUCAAGGCCAACGCCACCGCUCGAGGGAUUGAGGCCGUGGCUCGGUCGAUCGAGGCGGGCAAGGAGAAUGCCCACAGCGCCGUGAGCUUGAGUGUCGCCGAGAAGUACGUCGAUGCUUUCUCCAACCUGGCACGCGAGGGCACCGCCGUGGUCGUGCCGGGCAAUGUCGGCGACUUGGGCGGCAUGAUUGCCAACGCCAUGGCUGUCUACGGCAAGGUCAGCGAGAGUCAGGCCAAGAACAUGGCCGCGAAGGCCCUCGGCGUCCAGGAACCUGAACAACAGGCCCAUACGAGCAGGAAAUCGAACGAGUUGGCGGAUCCCGACAGCGAAGCCACGCUGGAUGAGGAGCCUCGGCCACAGGACGGUGUCGCGCAAAGUGUGCUGGACGGUUUUGAGGCGGCCAGCCAACGCAAGCAGUGA